GCUAUCAGACCCCACCAUCCCGCCGGUGACGUGAGACCCACAUAGCCCAUCUCCGACCCCGCGCCGGUGGUAAUCUUCGCCGGUGGAUUUAUCAUCCUCACAGAGUCGCGUCUACUUCAGUCUGUCUUAUAUACUGAUCCAGCCUUGAUAAUUCCUCGUAUUUAUUUCAGUCUUUCCUCGCAACCAUCCAAAUCGGUCUCUCCCCAAAACUCAUCGAAUCAUACAUCCCUUAUCUAACCCCAUCAACCAAACCAAGCAUAUAUCACCUACCCAUCUCUACACACCAUCAACACCACAGCCCAAAAUGAUGUCGGACCAAAUCGAGAAAGUCCUCACAACCUCCGCCCCAGCCCCCCUCCCCCAAUUCUCCCAAGCCGUAAAAUACAACGGCAUGGUCUACUGCUCCGGCAACAUCGGCAUCCUCCCCGACAAGCCAGGCAUGGUCCAAGCCGAAGGCACAGUCAAAGACCGCACCCGCCAGGCCCUCAAAAACCUCUCGGCCGUCCUCGAGGCCUCCGGAAGCGCCCUCCAAAACGUCGUCAAAGUCAACGUCUACAUUACAAAGAUGGCUGAUUUCGCCACCAUGAAUGAGGCGUAUGAUGAGUUUUUUACGUUUGAUCCCAAGCCUGCCCGCACGUGUGUUGCGGUAUACCAGCUGCCGCUGGGCACCGAUGUUGAGAUUGAGUGCACAGCUUUCCUGAACAAGCCGACUCAGAAGCUGUAAAUUCCUCAUAUUUCUGACUUGGAGACUGAUUUAAACUUGCAUUGAUGAGACGAAUAAUGGUAUUUUAAACUUCUGUGUUUAUGUAAUUGGCCUCGCAGUCAUGCCUUGGCUACAGUACUUUGCCCUCUCGAGGCAAGGCGUCCCGUCCCGUCCACGAAUCUAUAAGAAAAUCACGGUUUUCCCGCCCACUUGAGCAGCCUCAUGGGACUGCAUGCCCGUAACGCCGGGUAACAAAUAAAUUAGCUCCUCCCCCAUCAUAUCUUCAUCAAGACCCAGUGAAUUGACCUCUCACAUCGCACACCUUACUGCCGAUAUCUGGCCAGCUGUGCCAUAAUGUUCUGAACUUGGACUGCAGAAUCGCCGGUGCCAGUCGCAGGGGGGUGGCCGUUCGGGCCAUUUGAAGGU